AAUACGAACCUGUAAAUUGCAGACUUCGCGGAAUUAAUAAUUGCCUUAUAUUUUAAAGCAACCCAAGUAUAUAAAUUCGAAUUCACUUUCAGUCUCUCUUUGAAAUUAAAAUUUCAAAUUUUAAUCUGCCCAUCUAUUUAUUACUGCAACCAACUGAAUUGACGGAAUUUCAGAUCCACAGUUCAUUUUAUUUAUUUAUUACUCGAGGUUAUUCGCAUAAUGAAAAAGUCACUUGCAAUACUUAUGCUCGCUUUAGGCCUUAUAUUGAUACAAAUGUCAUUUGCCAAACCAUCUGGUAGGAUAGCAGCCUCUUCUGAUUCUGAAUCAGAUGAUGAAUCGGAUGCAGGCUCAUCAGAUGAAGAGGAUUCCUCAGACGAAGACGAUGAAAUUGAAGAAAAUCCAGCCAUGAGCUGUCUGCUUUUCGGCAAAGCAGGCUGUAAUACCGGUUGCGUAAUAGCAGGCGAAUUAUUCCACUUCAAAUCCAAUGGUUUCUGCGACUCGAACCAAGUCUGCAAUUGCCACAACCAUAACGACGACUCAUUCCGCGAAACCUGGAAGAAAAUAUUCAAAUCAGAUUACGUUUAUAGUAAAAUCAACGACGAUAACUUACUCUACGAUCAAGUUAUGAAUAUAUUCAACCGUUCGUUUCGAACCAACGAAGAAUUCAAAGAGUUGCUCAAUCCGAUGCUAAGUCCUUAUCAAUCUUCUAAACUCAAGACAAACAACAAACAUCCUUCUGUUAAGCUCACAAAGGAUGGAAAAUUCGACCAAGAAGCUCUUCAGAAAUACGUCAACGAGAAACUUGAUAAAAAAUUAAAAUCGAAGUCGGGUAAAUCUUUGUUAAAUUCUAGAUAUAAGGAGAAAUUCAGAAAAGCUUUGCAAAGUUCUGAAGAUAGCAAAGCUUCGUUGUAUAAUUACACGUUCAGAGUGAUGCAGCUGAAAGAUAAAAACUUGGAGAAUGUUCUGGAUGAGUUUUUGAAGAAGAAAAAGAUAGAUAAACCAAAGGUGGAUAUUCCCAUCAAGACCGACGAUAUAAUUCAUACGAUGGUCGAUACUAUUGUAAUAAGGGAGUUGAUAAAUCGAAUCGAAGAGAAAAAUAAGGGGUCUAAGAAAUCACCCGCAGCUGGCAAAAAAUCACCUGCGACUCGUACCGCUGCGAAAAAAUCUUCUUAAAUUUUGCAAUAUAGUGAACAUUUUAAUUGUCUGAAAAAGAAAAUGUGUGCUCUAUUUUAUCUGUCAAAUGAAAAUUUGUUUUGCCUGACUAUUUACUCAACUUAAUUAUCUAUUUACUUAUCAGAUCUAAUGUGAUUUGAUCAAAUAGG